CAGAAAAACACAGAAGAAAAGCAGUCAGCUUCUCCUUCCACUUCAGACACAAUCACUGCUUUGUGGGAAUCUGCAGGAUCUUAAACAGAAACAUGACAGACGCAGCAACCAACAUGCGGGUGAAGCUGCCGCUGAUCUGCUUCAUCCUGGAGAUCAUCCUCAUCGUCCUGUUCGGCGCGCUGGUGCAGUACAACACGGACACCGACUCCAAGGAGUGGCAUCACGUGAACCACACUGACUACGACAAUGACUUUUACUACCGCUACCCAAGUUUUCAGGAUGUCCAUGUGAUGAUCUUCAUUGGUUUUGGCUUCCUCAUGACCUUCCUGCAGCGCUACGGCUUUAGCAGCGUGGGCUUUAACUUCCUCAUUGCGUCCUUUUCCCUGCAGUGGGCCACACUCAUGCAGGGCUUCUUACAUGGCAUGCACUCAGGCAAGAUCCACAUCGGCAUAGAGAGCAUGAUCAACGCUGAUUUCUGCACUGGUUCUGUGCUGAUCUCCUUUGGAGCCGUUCUGGGUAAAACCAGCCCGGUCCAGCUGCUGGUCAUGGCGAUGUUUGAGGUCACGUUGUUUGCUGUCAACGAAUACAUUGUGCUGUCCAUUGUGGGGGCCAAGGAUGCUGGUGGCUCGAUGACCAUUCACACAUUUGGAGCGUAUUUUGGCCUGAUUGUAACACGGAUCCUCUAUCGGCCCAACCUGGACAAGAGCAAACACAGGAACAGCUCAGUCUACCACUCAGACCUGUUUGCUAUGAUCGGUACAAUUUACCUGUGGUUGUUUUGGCCCAGCUUUAACUCGGCCAUCACAGCUCAUGGAGACGACCAGCACCGCACAGCAAUGAACACCUACUACUCUCUGGCAGCCUGCACAAUAUCCAGCUACGCCAUGUCUGCCCUCGUGGCCCACGACGGCAAACUGGACAUGGUCCAUAUCCAAAAUGCCGCCCUGGCUGGGGGAGUCGCUGUGGGAACAGCUGGGGAAAUGCUGCUGACACCUUUUGGUUCCAUGAUUGUUGGAUUCUUGGCUGGAACCAUCUCUGUUCUGGGCUACAAGUUUCUCUCACCCAUCCUUGAGGAAAAACUGAAGAUCCAAGACACAUGUGGGAUUAACAACCUGCACGGCAUGCCAGGCGUGCUGGGAGCUAUAGUGGGUGCUAUCACAGCUUCCGUGGCAACCAAAGACAUCUAUGGUGAUGGUCUGGCAGACGUCUUCCCUGAUGUGUACAGUGGAGACGUGACGGCGUCCUUUCAGGGAGUUCGACAGGCCAUUUCACUGGGAGUCACUCUGGGCAUUGCCCUGCUGGGAGGACUUAUUGUUGGUUUCAUUCUGAAGCUGCCUGUUUUUGGUGCUCCAUCAGAUGCCCUCUGUUUCGAGGAUAACAUCUACUGGGAGGUGCCCGGAGAUGAGGCGGAUCACGGGCAGCAGUUGACUGCUGUGAGGACAGAAGAAGCUCAACAGUUAGACAUGCAGAGAUAUGAACAAUCUAGCACUUAAUCUGGAGGAUGUAAAACUUUAAAACAAAAAUGUUCACAUCUGUCUUUAUCUUUGAAUUUUUUAUAAUCAAUACCUUUUACACAUCUGAAACUGCCAAA